GCUGAAACAGGACACAAAAUGGACCCCUGUUGGUCAUGUUUUGGUCUUUUUUUGCACUUUUAUUGAUUAGUAUUUGAGUUAUUCUGUCCUGAGAUACAUUUGAUCAAUCAAUUGGUGCCUUAUUUUAUUAAAAACAAACUAAAAUAGACCAACUAAAAUAGACACCGUACCAUAGAGGGUUAAAAGGAAGCUAAGAGGCCGUUGGCAUAUACUUGAGGGUAGUCAGUAGCAGAAAGGGGGUGGCUUCGGAGUUUGGAGAGAAGUUCACUGAUUGGCUUGAUGAUGUGUUCAGACUCCAGCCAAUAAGAGACGGUGCGCCUUUAUUUAAAUGUCUAAUCCCAGUUCAUCGUAUCACUUUUACUUCGUGUUCUAUCUGUUGAGUAAAUUACUCGCUACAAUGAGUGGAAGAGGCAAGACCGGUGGAAAGGCUCGCGCCAAGGCCAAGACUCGCUCUUCCAGGGCGGGACUGCAGUUCCCCGUCGGCCGUGUUCACAGGCUUCUCCGCAAAGGUAAUUAUGCCGAGCGCGUUGGUGCCGGUGCUCCGGUUUAUUUGGCCGCUGUGCUCGAGUAUCUCACUGCUGAGAUCCUGGAGUUGGCUGGAAACGCCGCUCGCGACAACAAGAAGACCCGUAUCAUUCCUCGUCACCUGCAGCUGGCGGUGCGCAACGACGAGGAGUUGAACAAGCUUCUGGGUGGCGUGACCAUCGCUCAGGGUGGUGUGCUGCCCAACAUUCAGGCCGUGCUGCUGCCCAAGAAAACCGAGAAGACCGCGAAGACCAAGUAAACUGACUGGAGAUUCUCUUCAAACCAAAGGCUCUUUUAAGAGCCACCCAACUUUUCCUUGAGA